AUGUUUUACAGCAGAUCUAAUCCAAAAUUGUCAGAUUAUUAGAACAAAUUAAACACAUCAACAUAUUCAAGUAAAUCACGUGGAUCUUUUAAAGAAAUUUCACCUGAUACUAGAAGUAAAUAUUUAUGAUAUUCAUUUAGAUAUUACUCCUAACAAUCCAAAUAGACCAUUAACUGCUCGCAACGAAUAUACAAAUCCAUCAAAGGUCAAAUAAUUACUAAAUAAUUUAAUUUAAGGUGAUUAAAACAAGACCUCAACGUAAUUGUUUGGAUAAAGCAUAUUUCAAAAAAAAUAAAUUGAAAGUACAUCUAGCAGAGGUGAAAGUUUAUGUAAAUUUUAUUAUGAUUUUUAUAGUAUCUAGUAGAAUAAGUAAUUUUGGAAAGUAAAAUAUCAAAUCACCAUCAAAUAAUGAAACAUUUCUAAAAUCUGCUUUUAUAGUUCCAGAUACUAGUAGAGAUUAAGAUAAGAAACCACAUUAGAAUUUGUAUUAUUAAUCUAAUAAACAAAAUGAUUCUACUGCUUCAUAACAAAAAUCCUGCAAAAACUCAAAAUUAUUAACAAUUUCAUAAAUAGCAUAAUAAUGUAAAAAAAACAGCACAACCCCCACAAGAUAGAAUACGAUUAAUAAUGAAAAUAUUAAUAACUUAAAUAACAUUAAUAGCAAGGCAAAUAGCAAUCAGAAAAAUAAAUAGUAAUAAACUUUCAUUGCUUAAGUAGGCAGCAAUAAAAAGAAGUAAUUUGAUUAAAUAUUCUUAGCACAACAACCUAUUUGGAGACUUUUAAUAUUUUAAAAUAGAAGCUUGAUAAUAAUAAUAAUGUUUAAUAGAAUUCUGGAAAGAAAUAAAAUGAAAAAUCUGUUAAUGUUUCACCAAUUAAAUCUCCAAAAUCUAAAAUAGAAAAUACAAAAAUAACAGGAUUCUAAAUGAUUGAUGAUGCCACUUAAUAAAAUAUAUAUAAAUCCCUUUUGCAAAAGGAACAGUUAUGGAAUGAUAUAAUAAUUUUAUUAGAUAAUCCAAAUCAAAUGACUUUAGCAACAAAAUGUACUUAACUUUAGAAGCUAAUACGAUUGAUUAGUGAAAAAAUUCAUGUAUUAAUUAUGAUUAUGUGAUAAGAGUGAAUAUUUAUUUAGAAUAGAACCUCAUAUACUUGAGAUAUUUUUAUAUGAAUCCUUUGCUUGUUAUCUAUUAGUUAGUGAUUACUUAUAAGAUUAAACAAAUGAAGAUCAUAAUAUAAAGAAUUUGAUUUAGUAUAUAAUAAGUAGUAAUCUCUAUGUGCUUCAAGUGUUAGAAAAUGUAACAAACAACUAAUUAAAUUUAAAUUUAUUAAAAUAAAGAAUAGAUUUAAGAACUUUUAAUGUUCGUAAAGUUUGUCCAAAAGGGAAGCAGGCUUUGCAAAAGAAUAAUUUUAUAAUUAAGUCAAUUUUGGGAUUGAUGUACUUUUUCUAAUCAAUAUAAAAGUCUAAAGGAUUGACGAAAUAACACGCCCGGAAAUCUUUAUGAUAUUAUCUCGAAUAACUACAACACCUGAAUAAUAUAUAUUAUAAUAGAAGAAAAUAAACUCUUAGAUUGAGUAAAUAAUGCCUCUUGAUUUGGAAAGAGCUUUAGCAGCAUCAAAUAAAGAUUAUACAUUAGUUUUAGAUUUGGAUGAAACUUUAGUUCAUUAUUAAGAAGUAAAUCAAUACAGUAUUCUUAAGUUUCCUAAAGGAGGAGGAUAAUUUUUGGUCAGACCAUUUGCAGAAGAAUUCUUAGAAUCAUUAUCUAAAUAUUACGAAAUAUUUAUAUUUACUGCUGCACUUCCUGAUUAUGCCAAUUUUAUCAUUGACAUUAUUGAUUAGAAAGGAGUAGUUAAGUAACGAUUAUAUAGAGAUAAAACUAUUUAUAAAGAUUAAGUUUACAUUAAAGUAUUAAUUUUAUUAUAAAUUUUAGGAUCUUUCAAUUUUAAAUCGAAGUUUAUCUAAAGUAAUUAUAGUUGAUAAUAUGCCAGAAAAUUUUUAAUUACAACCUGAAAAUGGAAUUUAUAUUUAAAGUUGGUUUGGAGAUACUAAAGAUAGAGCAUUAAAAGAUUUGUAACCUUUAUUAGAAUGUAUAAUUUUAUUCAAAUUUAUUUAGAAAUUGCAAUUAAAAAAUGUAAAGAUAUUAGGGUAGCAUUAAAUUAAUUUAGAGAAUAAAUGAUUGAGAGAGUUUAAAUGGGGAUUAAAAAUCCUUAUUAAUAUCUUUAAUUAAAUUGA